AUGGAUGAACAAGAGUUGCAGAACCUGCGCCUCAAGAUCAACAGCCGGGAGAGAAAACGCAUGCACGAUCUCAACUCGGCGCUGGACGGCUUAAGAGAGGUGAUGCCGUACGCCCACGGUCCAUCCGUUAGAAAACUCAGCAAAAUCGCAACGCUGCUGCUUGCCAAGAACUAUAUACUCAUGCUGAAU